AGAGUGUUUAUAAAGACUAUAGAGAAUUAUAUAAAGAAAAUUUCAUUGUCUAUAUUUAUAUUUUAGUUGCUUCAAAAAAAUAAAAGAAAAUGCCCAAAGAUUGGCAUGAAUUGAAAGUGUAACCACGGUGUAUAUUGUAUGGGGAGGGGUGACAUUGCAUUGUUCCCCUUUAGCUCGCCUCCACGGACAAUAGAUAAUCUAUACGCCUGAGGGGGUAUUGUAUAGCUGAAAUAAGCUUGUAUAGACAGACGAAUUCACGCAGUUUUGAAAGAUGUUUCUAUAAAGAAUUUAGCAGUGUAAGACAUGUUUGUUGGUUUCACUUCAACCAAAAUUAAACCUUCUCUUAUGUUGCUGGGCCUUAUGGGGAAACGUCCAUCAUCUUCCUUUAUUAUCAACAGUUUGUAUUCCUUUUAGUAUUUAUGAGAACAUGGAUCGAAUGUAUUGUCUUGGAAUGUUGUUGAAUUACGGUUAAGAAUCGACCCUCAGGAGUGAGAGAGUGUGUCACGUUCAUCGUGACGAAGAUCUAUUCUGUCUUCUUGUUCCUGGUUUCUGGCGGCCAACAUGCCUCAAGCAGUGAAAGGAGUCGAAGAGCCGACAAAGAAGGCUUGGACACAAGAUGACGAUCUUCAAAGAAAGCCCCCUUCACGUCAUACUAUCGUGAUGGCUAACGAAGUAAAGUCCAUCGACUUCUGGCGGGCCGUUGCCGCCGAGUUCGUUGGUAUGUUCUUCUUCAUCUUCAUCUCCUUGGCCUCCAUAUCAGGCUGGAACGCCCCUUACAUCCCUAGCAUGGUCCAGAUCUCCCUUGCCUUUGGUCUUGGACUGGCUACAUCGAUCCACGUCACCGCCCACAUCAGCGGUGGACACCUCAAUCCUGCAGUGUCCUUGGCGUUCUUGAUGCUUCAUCGGAUCACCCCACUAAGGUUCCUCUUCUACUCCUUAGCUCAGAUGAUUGGUGCAAUCGCUGCUGCUGGUAUGGUCAGGGCCAUCACACCUGCCGAUAUCAACAAUGCCCUCGGAGCUACUACACCCGGGACUGAUGUCACGGAAUGGCAAGCACUCCUCAUGGAACUCGUCAUCACCUAUCAGUUGGUCCUUGUGAUCUUUGCUACCAUCGAUAAGCGUCGUCCAAGUUCUGGAGGAUCGGGUCCACUCGCCAUCGGAAUCGCUGUUCUGGUUGCUCAUUUGUGUGCUAUUCAAUAUUCUGGUGCUAGUAUGAAUCCCGCUCGUAGUCUUGGAUCGGCUGUCGUCGGUGGAGUAUGGACUGCGCACUGGGUUUACUGGGUUGGACCAAUGAUUGGUGGACUGCUAGGAGCGAUCACGUACGACUACAUCCUCGAUCCCAACGUCAGUGCAAGCCGACUCCGACGAUGCACUACCUGCGAGUACGGCGAUGAGGAGGACUACGCUACCUCCGAUGAGAUGAAUCUUAACUCUAUCCAGACCGCGUCAUCUGAACCGAAAUAGACGACUCGUGCCAACUAUCUCGAUGUCACCAUCGAAGACAAUCACCAUUAAUUUGCACCAACCCUCCCACCGAUUCAGUUUUAUCCGGUUCGAUGCUUAUCGUUUAUAGUAAAAUAACAUACAUCGGCUUAUAUGCCUGUAUGGCCAUUCUUUAAGCGUGUCACAAUAAUAAGAAAAAAAUCACUUUCAUGAAAACGGAAUUAUAUAUUGGCAUGAAUUGAAGUUUUUCAUUGACAAAAAAAAGGAAGGAGAACGGAAUGGAAUUACAUGAUAAGCGUGUUGAGUACAUCGGUCAUUGAUUGAUGAACUUCCCUGUAACGAUCUAGUGUAGGCCUAGAUACAUUCCAAAAUAAAACAUUUAAGAAAAGGGUACGGGUGCCAUAAACCUUGUUAUUGUAUUACAAUAGUUUGACAUUGCUCAGAAAUUCAAACUGUUCCGAUGAUGUCAAACAUGUUUCCGUCAAACAGGUAAAGUUUUAUGAGAAGGUACCUACAUUUAAUUCAGAGUAAAGAAUGUGUAAUAAAAAUGAAUAUUAAUGCUGCGGUCACAUUUCCCCUAACUAUACAUAGCUAGCACAAAAACAUUUAAAACUGCAGUGCUGUUUUCGACUCGCCUUACGGCCGCCGUAGGGGAAAUGUGACUGCGCUAUUAGUAAUAAUUUGAUUUAUUUUUCAAGGAUGCUUGUUGGUAAUGUUUCAUUCAUAAAACUAAACAAGGUUUACAUAAUAGCACAUGGAAGCAAUGAAAAUGUGAAAAAUCUUUAUUGAUUUGAGAAUAUUAUUUCAAUCCUAUUUUUAUAUUAACUAGUCUCUAGUAUUAAAAUACUUUCACCGGUCUUGGAUGCAUGAAAGUACUAAUAACAUAUUGCUUGAUAAUUAGAUUAACAAUUUAACUUGCUUUGAUAUAUAUAUUUUUAGAGAGUUUCUUUUGUAUUUUUUUCCAUAAUGCAUGAAAUCUCCAUCCCUCACGCUUGAUAAAUUUAUGUGUAAACAAUGUGUUGAUAUCUGUAAAUUAUUCUAUCGAAUUCCAAGUCAUUUAUGGCUGAUUAUAUCACUUCAUUACUUUCAUUACUGUUUAUCUCAUUUAAUUGUAUUUUUGUAUUAUUUUUCCUUUCUACCUUCAAACUGUAAAUAUAAUAUGAAUAUUAUGCAGGAUUGCACUCUGAAAGAACAGUUGCGGAAAAGUUAAUCAAAUAUCAGUUAAUAUAUUCACGUUAACUUUUACACAACCCUUUAUUAGAGUGUUUUCCUAUACUAUGUUCAGUACAUUUAUUGUGUUAAAGAGACAUUAUAGAGGCACCCUCACAUUAUACCUGAACCAUGAUGUCAUAUAUUUGUAUAUUACCCUCCUCAUGUCUGCAUAAUAAGCAUGAUAAGUAUAUAUUUGAAAUAAAAUUUGAUAAGUUAAGUUUA